AUGCAGUUCUCCACUAUCUUCUUGACCGUCACUGCCCUUGCCGUUGGCAACGCUUUCGCGGCUACGGUACCGCGCAACUUCAUCGACGGAAAGGGCAGCGCCCUGUUUGGAAACGCCGGGACAGCAUGCUCUGUAGGCGCCAAGGAUGGCGAAUGCGAUCAGUUCGGACGCUGUGUUCAGUUCAUUCCUCCCAAUGAGCAGUCUAUUCUCAACCAGGGAAAGAACGUAGCUACAUGUACUGCAGGUGGACAGACUGGCACACUCUGA